AGAUACACAAUACACACAGUAUGUAGUGAAGAAACAUUUACACAUACGACAACGCACACUUGAUAAAAAAAGUCAACCCCAAGAAACACACAUUCAUACACAGUUUGCAUUUCUCGUGAUCUGUGCAUAGUCUAUGUGACAAUUUCUUGGAGGUUGUGUUUGGUGGUAAUACUUCUUUUUUUUUUUUCUUUUUCCAAUCAUUAAUUAAUACACACUUUCUAUUCGUCCAAAAAUCCUAUCUUUUGAUCACUCUCCUGCAUUACCUUUUUCUUGGAUCUGCAAAACAGUGAAAAGAGAAAAAGAGCCCAUUUUAGUGUGUGUCUGUGUGUGUAUUUUGCUGAAAACCUUAACUUUUUUUUUUUUCUUUUAUGAAAUUGUUUGGGGGAAAAGCCAUGGGAAUUUGGCAGCUUUCUGGGAUGAAAAGUUGAGUUCUUUGUAUUUUCAACUGUUGAAGUGGGGUUUUGUUUUCCAUGUAGAACAAGACUUUUCUUUUUUCCCACAUCAAAGGUGGGUUCUUUGCAAAUGGGCGAUUUCUUCUGAUUAGGCGAAAUGGACCCUCAAGCAUUUAUCAGAUUAUCAAUCGGCUCUCUCGGAAUUAGAUUCCCCGAGGCAUCAAAAUCCAGUACCCCUGCAUUAUCGUCUCCAUGCGCGUGCGAGAUUCGCCUACGUGGAUUUCCCGUUCAGACAACACAAAUCCCAUUUAUAUCAUCUCCCAUCAAUAAUAACUCUCACGCCGUUGCAUCAACUUUUUACCUCGAAGAAUCGGACUUGAAGGUACUAUCUUCACCUCGGUGUUUCUACAACGCGCGUGCGUUUCUCGAGGUGGUUGUUUUCACGGGGAGGAGAGGGACCCACUGCGGGGUGGGUACGAAGAGGCGGCAAAUAGGGGUGUUUAAGUUGAAUGUGGGGCCCGAAUGGGGAGAAGGGAAGCCCGUGAUUCUUUUCAACGGGUGGGUUGGGAUCGGGAAAAACGGGCAGGAGCUUGGUGGGGCGGAGCUCCAUUUGAAGGUGAAGUUGGAUCCUGAUCCGAGAUACGUGUUUCAGUUCGAAGACGAGACUAAGUUGAGUCCACAAAUUGUGCAGCUGCAAGGCAAUGUGAAGCAGCCUAUUUUCAGCUGCAAAUUCAUUCGAGACAGGGUAUCCCAAGUGGAUCCACUUAGCACGUUCGCGUCAAGCUCCGGCGACGGGUCCCACCAAGACACCGAGAGAAGAGAGAGAAAGGGUUGGAACGUAAAAAUACACGACCUCUCCGGCUCGGCAGUUGCAGCAGCCUUCAUAACAACCCCCUUCGUACCGUCAACGGGCUGCGAUUGGGUCGCCCGAUCCAACCCGGGGGCCUGGCUGAUAGUCCGGCCCGACCCGUACCAGCACGACAGCUGGCAGCCGUGGGGCAAGCUCGAAGCGUGGCGCGAGCGGCGAGGCGGUGGAAUCAUCCGAGACUCCGUCAACUUCCGCUUCCACGUCUUCUCCGACGGUCAAGAAGGGGGCAAGAACCUCCUAAUCUCCGAGAUAUCGCUCGGAGCGGAGAAGGGCGGCGAGUUCUUCAUAGACACCGACCGCCAGAUUCGGGCAACGGCCGAGGCGGCGGCGGCGGCGGCCGUGCCGAGCCCGCAGAGCAGCGGCGACUUCACGGAGUUGAGCCCGGUGGCCGGAGGGUUUGUGAUGAGCUGUCGGGUGUGUGGGGAGGGGAAAUCGAGCAAGCCGACGGUACAGCUGGCGAUGAGGCACGUGACGUGCGUCGAGGAUGCUGCUAUAUUUAUGGCUCUUGCUGCUGCUGUUGAUCUUAGUAUCGAGGCUUGUAGACCGUUUCGGAGAAAGAUUCGAGUGAGUAGUAGUCGUAAUUCUUGGUGAAAGAUGGUUUCUUUUUCGAGCCAAGAAUUGCGGGCCCCGAUUUUCUUGAAAUGUUGUAAGAUAUUUGUGCAGGAUUUACAAUGCAAAUUGGCAUACUGGGAAAAAAAUUUCCCAGUUGUUCAUUGUUGUAUACUCUUAUUUAUUAUAUCCCUCCUCUUAAAACAGAAUAUUCCCCUUUUGGUUUGGUAAUAUUUUUUCCUUACCUUAA